UUUGACGGCAUCCCUAGCUGCUUGGGAGGACAGGGAGAAAUGGCUGAUGCUAUAGCUGACACGAGAAGGCUGUACACUAAGCCCCAAAACUUAAAUGACGCGUAUGGACCCCCGAGUAAUUUUCUAGAGAUUGACGUGAGCAAUCCUGAGACCGUCGGGGUCGGAAGGGGCAGAUAUACAACGUACGAAGUCAGACUGAAGACCAACCUUCCCAUCUUCAAGCUAAAAGAGUCCAGUGUACGGAGGCGGUACAGCGACUUUGAGUGGCUCAGAGCGGAGCUGGAGAGAGAAAGCAAGGUGGUUGUACCGCCUCUCCCAGGAAAAGCUCUUUUCAGGCAGCUUCCGUUCAGAGGAGACGAUGGCAUAUUUGAUGACUCUUUCAUUGAGGAACGGAGGCAGGGUCUAGAGCAGUUUCUCAACAAAGUGGCCGGCCACCCUCUAGCUCAGAAUGAACGCUGCCUACACAUGUUUCUACAGGACGAGUCUGUGGACAAGAACUACACCCCUUCCAAAAUCAGACAAGCCUGAAAAAAACAAAAAACACAACAUGGCUCUGCUUGGCCUUCUCUGGCUCGGCCUGACAACCCAAAGCUCUCUUCACUGCUCCAAAUUUCUCUCUAAAAACAUUUCUGUGACACUUUCUUCCUUCCUACAUUGUCUAAAAUAUAAUUUCUUGGCUAUUUAGGUUUAAUUGCUAAUCACUCUGUUUUAAUGUUCCAAUUGGACAAGAAUGUUAUAUACACAGCUGUGGUCUAAAGUGAUUUAUAGAUAUUUUUCUUCAUGUCUUAAAUAUGCCACUAACAAAGAAUACAUAUUAUAUAUUUAUCAUUUAUCCAUGUCCUGAAUAUAUAUUUCUUUAUGUUACUUUUGAAUGAAACCUGUCUGUAUGCAAAGCUUGUGUAAUGUCCCACACCACCCUCCAUCAACGAGUUGCUCUCCAUAACCAGCGCCCGAACACACAUACACACAUUCGACGGACCUCGACUUUCAAGCCACACUUAGUUGUUGUCUUAAAAAGGAUGCAUGUGUGUGUGUCUGUACGCAUCGUAUCCACCAGCACCUACUCGAUGUUCACCAUGUUUUCUAGCAUGCAGUUUACACGGAAGGAACUGCCAUAUUUCUACUGGCAAUAUGCAUUUUGAGAUUUGUAUACUGCUGUGCCAUUUUUGAUUUUUUUUUUUUUUUUGUUUAUUUUCAAACUUUUUCCAAUAAAACUGGUGAAAUGUC